AUGGCGGGCCGGAGAAGUGACUUUAUCCUGGACGAGUUGAUUUGUUUCCUCAGCAACCCGUUGUUCCAGGUUCCAGUCUUGUCUUUCAUGGAGAGCAAGUGUCUGAUUUUUGACCCUCACGUUGAAGAUUCACAGUCAUAUAGGGAAAUUCAUGAGGAAUACAAAAAGUUGGUUGAUCUUCUCUUGGAGGGGUUCCGAGCAGACACCGGACUGACCCAUGACCAAAUCAUCCAGGCCAUGAAAGACCUCAACUCUAAGCCAGACCUUAGGGACCUUUUUCAGGUGCUACUGGAGCAGGUGCUGGCCACAGAAGACUAUCCAGUCUUUGUGCAGAUCAUGGCUCAGAAGAACCUGGAGCUGCAGCACCAGGCCCUGUUGCUCAUCUCCCAGAUGAUGGGUGGUGUGCUUCCUGAGAGCUUGAUCAAAGAAGUCUCUGUUAAGGCAGGAACUGGGCAGCAUGGUCCCAGAGAUGAAGAAAAGGUUCUGAUGGCUGUUCUCGUACAAUCCCGAGAAGAAUUUGAAAAAGAGAAGAAGGAAUCCCAAAGAGAAGCGGAAGAAUUACAUAUGAUCAUUGGUCUGUCACAGAGUGAGAGUGACAGGAUCCAGGAGUCACUUCGUCACGAGCAGGACAAGCUUAGCGAGACAAUCCAAAGGUCACUUCAACUGAGCGAGCAGCCGACUGUGGAACAUAGAACAAAACCAUCCUUGUCCAAGUCAGCCUCCAUCCCUGCACCGGCCUCAUACCAUCAGCCCAAACGCCAGGCAUCUACGACGGUGGCGCCCAAGUCAAUGGCAUCACAUGUUGCUGGUGGGUUAGAGAAGAUCCCAGAGACAAACCUCACAAGUGCAGAAGCAGCGGCUGCGUGGUUAAAAAAUGCAGAAACAGAAGUUCACUCAUCGGACGCACACUCCCGAGCUGUGCAGGCGGCUGUUGCAAACAUGUCUGGGUUGACCGAGGAGGAAUACAAGAAGAGGGCAGAGUACUUAAAACAACAGAGAGAUAAACUGAUGGAGAUGAAGAGGAAGGAGAGAGAGAAGCAGCUACUUUCAGCGGAGAAAUCCCAGCCGCAGAGACCAGCAUCAGCUAGAGCAGCUCGAGCUGCACUGCAGCAAGGAGGAGCUCCUCAGAAACCUCCCCGGCUGAGUCCAGAAGAGGAGAAGAAAUUAGCCAUGCGUCGAGCAAUAGCAGAGAGGAUAAAAUCUGAGCUCAUGGGGAAGAAAUAA